CCUUACGAAUUUGUAGGAAGUUAGAAAAAUGGACGGAGAAGAUAGGCCGAGGACGAUGUGGAGAAACUUGAAGCAACGGUUACGAUUCACCGGACUGGUUUGCUGUGGAUCCUCUUGGAACUUGAGAGUAUCAGACGUGACGAUGAGAGGAGAAGAAGAAGAAGAAGAAGAAGAAGAGGCCCAACAAUUUGAAGCCCAAUUAUUCGGUGAAGAAGAGCCCAUAAUCGGGGACCAUCAAGGGAACGUGAACCUCGCUACAGCGUUGGCAGCGGAACGUCAGUACCGGAGCGUGAAUGCCACGGCGGAAUUGAAGACGUUGAUGAGAUUGUUUGAGGAAACGGACGGCAGAGAUGAGAAGAAGAAGAAGAGUCUGAAAUGGUACAUUAAAGAAGAAGGAAGAGGAGGAAUUGAUGAAAUGUGCUGCGUGUGCAUGGAGAGAAAUAAAGGCGCAGCGUUUAUCCCCUGUGGACAUACAUAUUGUAGGGUUUGUUCAAGAGAAUUGUGGUUGAAGAGAGGCUCUUGCCCUCUUUGUAAUUGUUCCAUUGAUGAGAUUCUCAAUAUUUUCUAAGAUCACAUGAGUUUUUUUC